AUGACUGAGGAUUUCCCCGGAGCCACGGCCAGUUUCUUGGCGGUCGACCAGUCUGAGACGUCCCGGAGAGGUCAGCUUCAGAAGGAAGUCUCAUCAGAGAGGGCAGCUUCCGCGGUGUCGAGCCUCGGGGACGACUCAAAAAUAGUGAGGUCAUCUGCAUAUGAGGCGAUGUUAGGGGUCGGAACAGCAAAUAAUCAUUGUUAUUUUAUUGUUACCUAUUUCAUCAAUUGUCAUUGCUAUAUUUUGAUUAGUUUAUUGUUUGUUGGCAGAGUGUUCAAAGCAGUCAGACUCAAGAUAGAUGCAGUCAAGAAGUACUUUAGCGUGGAAGCUGCGAGCGCUGUGGAGGGCGGCCAAGAAAACGAGACGCAAGUGUCGCAGAAAGAGGGAGAUGAGGAAGAAGAUGAUGAUGAAGAAGGAGAGGGAGAGAAGGAAGACAAGAAGAGGGUUGGCUUCCGAGACCGUAAGAUCAUUGAGUAUGAGAACAGGAUCCGUCAGUACAGCACGCCAGACAAGAUCUUCAGGUACUUCGCCACACUGAAGGUGUCCGCAGAUCACGGCGAGACUGACAAGAGUGAGAUCUUCAUGACUCCUGACGACUUCUUGCGCUCCAUCACCCCCGGCAUCAAACAGCCUGAAGGAUCUCUAUUUCAGAUCAUUGAGUAUGAGAACAGGAUCCGUCAGUACAGCACGCCAGACAAGAUCUUCAGGUACUUCGCCACACUGAAGGUGUCCGCAGAUCACGGCGAGACUGACAAGAGUGAGAUCUUCAUGACUCCUGACGACUUCUUGCGCUCCAUCACCCCCGGCAUCAAACAGCCUGAAGAACAGUGCUUCCCGAACUUGGGUCCGUUAGAACAGUGCUUCCCGAACUUGGGUCCGAUGGAACAGUGCUUCCCGAACUUGGGUCCGAUGGAACAGUGCUUUCCGAACUUGGGUCCGAUGGAACAGUGCUUCCCGAACUUGGGUCCGUUGGAACAGUGCUUCCCGAACUUGGGUCCGAUGGAACAGUGCUUCCCGAACUUGGGUCCGAUGGAACAGUGCUUCCCGAACUUGGGUCCGUUGGAACAGUGCUUCCCGAACUUGGGUCCGAUGGAACAGUGCUUCCCGAACUUGGGUCCGAUGGAACAGUGCUUCCCGAACUUGGGUCCGUUGGAACAGUGCUUUCCGAACUUGGGUCCGUUAGAACAGUGCUUCCCGAACUUGGGUCCGAUGGAACAGUGCUUCCUGAACUUGGGUCCGAUGGAACAGUGCUUCCCGAACUUGGGUCCAGGAACCCGAACUUGGUUGAGUUUGGCCGAGCAGUUACCGACCGGUCAGGGCAAGAAACUGUCUCUCGCCCUCGACGAGGACUCGAUCUUCUACAAGCUCGGCAGCUCAGGCCUGAUCUCCUUCAGCGACUACAUCUUCCUGCUCACCGUGCUCUCCACGUCCCGCCGCCACUUCGAGAUCGCCUUCAGAAUGUUCGACCUCUCUUCAAGGUGGGUCAAACAACUUCAGGUCAUGAUGCAGGGUGUCAACUCUGCGCUCAGCACCUACUUCUUCGGCCAGGACCUCAGCGAGAAACUCACCAUCGACCGCUUCCUGGAAUUCCAAAGGCAGCUCCAGCAGGAGAUUCUCGGCCUCGAGUUCCGUCGUAAAGGCCCCAACAGCGAAGGCCUCAUCAACGAAGUGGACUUCGCAGAGCUGCUGCUUGCCUACGGUGGCUAUCCUCCCAACAAGAAGUCCAGGAUGCUUAAACGCAUCAAGAAAACUUUUAAGGGGGAGGAGGCUAAAGGUAUCAGCCGAGAAGACUACUUGCAUUUCUUCCACUUCCUGAACAACAUCAACGACGUGGACACCGCCCUCACCUUCUACCACAUCGCAGGGGCGUCCAUAGACCAGGUCACCCUGAAGCACGUGGCCAAGACUGUAGCGCAUGUGCAGCUCUCUGACCACGUCGUCAACGUUGUCUUCACUCUCUUCGACGAGAACAACGACGGGCAGCUGAGCAACCGAGAGUUCGUAGCGGUGAUGAAGAACCGCGUGCAGCGCGGCCUCGAGAAGCCCAAAGACACUGGCUUCGUGAAGCUCCUCUCCUCCGUCGUGAAGUGCGCCAAAGAAACCAAGCCCGUCCUCCUCGACAUCUGAGGAAUGCCCAGGCAGCCCGACCACAACAGUGGGGCUGCCACGUCUGCCUUCCUCCCCACCAACCCCAAGUCGAUGGCAUAUGACACUGUAGCUGUCACGCGGACUGGGGCUGU